ACGAACCGGUACACUAGAAGCGCCAUUGUUUUUCUUGCUUUUAAUAUUGUUGAAGUCGCCGAAUAGAACAGGUAGUAGGUCGAAAUCACAGUCAUCAUUGGCUGAGCGAGUCCGUCAUCAGAUCCACCCAUACAUCCAUUGCUUGACUGCCACAACGAGAGCUACAACUACUCCGUGAAACUGGUUGGUUGACUAGUUGGUCGUCCGCUUGUCGUAAUGCUGCUGCUGCAAGCCCGCGCCUACGUCGGACGACCGCCGUGAUCGCAAAAGAUCGUGCGAUUAAAUCGCACGCUUAGCGUGACACCGGGUGUUGUUCGCCACAUGGAUUGCAAUUGAUACCACAACGGUAACUGAUGCGGUCGACGGUUGGUCAGUCUACCCAACAAACCUGCCGACUGAUUCCAAAUUCAAAACGUGACAGAUAUCGAUGCCGUCGAAGGCCUUGACUGCUGCCGGGUGCGGCAGUGUGUUGUCGUUCCUGCCUGAUGAGACCACGUCAUUAGCUCCCGAGGUGGACGCUGUGGCUAUGGACCAUACGUAUGCCCGCUCAUGGAACUCUCAUCCGGUGUCGGUUCAUGCGCGUCCCGCCACGUUACUCUUCGUGAACAGCAAAGACCAGCAGAUAGGCUCUACAGAGCGUUUGGGCCGCGUGGGCAAGGAGCUUUUCAUCGAUGUGGAGUCAGUAGCAGAACGAACUGGCCCUUCGCUGGGCGCCGCAUCCGAGCAAGCAAAGUGCAAGGCUCUCAUUGACGAAGUGGAGAGACACGUAAGGACACAACAGAAAUGCAUACCCGAUGAGAUAUGGGAUGAAGAACGUAUCUCGCGUCACGGUUGGACUCGAACUCAGAUUUCACUGUUUGAUCGAAUGUACAAGAUACUUGACAUGGAGCGGGUAGCCAGACUUGCGUAUGAUGGUAGCGCGAACGAAUUUGUAUCUCGCAGGAUUUCGCUGGACAAAGCGGCUCGACGUGUGAGACAGCUUUAUGUAGACGUACACUGGGAGCAGGUGCUUCUGCAAUGGCUUCAUGCCACUAUCAUUGAAAACCUUCCGGUCAGCUAUUGCAGUAGCUAUGUCGAAAUUCUGCAAACACUCAACGCAAAAAUUCCGUCACUUGUUCAGCGCCUGUUUUCUCGAUGUUCGGGAGGUUUCUAUAAAUCCUCUACUGCUAACGACUCCUUACUGCAACUAUUGAAACGGCCAUGGGAUCCAGCUGCAUCGUUGCUAAGUGUAAAUCGACCGAAGAAGCUUCCCGGCCCUCCCAUAUUUAUUGUGGUGCCAAGUGGUUUAACCCAGAACCCACAUUUUGCUCGUGUAAAAUUUUGGUACAAUCAUCUAGCUCAUCUAGGAAAACUAAUUACAAUUCCGAUUCCUAUCGUGAACGAGCCUUCGGUGACAGUGGCUAAACAACUUGAAGUUACGGUGAACGCUGUCAAGAGCAAGAUCGGCGAGGUAAAGACUGCGUUCCCUCAGAGACCCAUUAUUCUUGUUGGCUGGAACAGUGGUGCACUGGUCGCACUUCAAACCUCUCUUAUCGAGUCGGUCUCUGCUGUCGUUUGUAUGGGAUUCCCAAUGACUGGUCUGCAAGGACCAAAGCAGCUUGACGACCCUAUCCUUGACUCACGAACACCGAUCCUUUUUUGCGUGGGGCAAUUCGAUCGAUCGUGCAGCUUGGAUGAUCUCGAGGAUUUCCGUGGCUAUAUGAAGUGUGAAACUGGUGUUGUAGUAGUCGGCGGUGGCGAUGCCAAUCUACACAUGAGUACUAAGCAUAAGCGAUUACUCGGCAUGACACAGACUAUGGUCGACCGUUGCAUCGUAGAAGAGAUUUUUAAUUUCCUCAAUCACGCAUUAAGCAGCAUUACCAGUCCACCGCCACCACCACCAGGUUCUCCUGUGCCCCCAACACCUGAGAAGAAAACCACAGGUCCCACCGAGCCGUUACCCCCUUCGUUGGUAAUCAAACCUGACGGGCCACCAACACCCGCUAAUCCUCGCAAGUACCGUAAACGGGAACGUAGCCAAGACGACGACGGAACAAUGGGAAACUCAAACGCGAAAAGGGGUCCUGGACGACCUCGAACAUCAAAACAUUCAAGCACUCAGAGUCGAGCGACUGGAUCGAGCUCAAAGACGAGUCCUGUGCUCGAGCCAUCGCAGACAGUCACCCACGCUGCCGCAACAACUGCAACCAGCGUACUCACCAAGGAUCUACCGAAAUCGAACAUGCGGCCAGUUACAGCUCACGUGAGAAAGAGCGAUCAGCAACAGCCACACUUUCUAGAAGGGACCCACCAUAAUUCCCCACCAAAGAACCCGAUCUCAAUAGGCAAAAUAGGCAGUCUAAGCGGGCUUGGCUCGCAGCAGGGCUCGUUAAUGGUCUCGCCGGUAAAGGAGGAACACAGAAUGGUCAAUCCGCAGGACGUGCUUGGAAUGGCCCCGGUUGAUCGAUAGCUAGCGUGUAGGUAGCUGACGAAUACGAUGAAACUACUGCCAGCUGCGAAACUCGAACGCUGGCAUAAAUGCUUGGCCCCAAAUUUCGGUAAACUUAGGUGGCUACGCUAGUGAAAAAUAUCGAUGGUGGUUGUUUUUAUUCUCACGUGACCAUAUCUGACUGGAGAGCCUUGGUUGUGUCGCCGAUUGGGGAUUGUUUGACAGUGGCCGCCAGUGACUGCGAAAUGCGCAGCAAAACGGAGAUAACCUCGUGUAUUAAAGAUACGGGGCGGCAUCAUACCACAACGCUAGACUACUAUAUAAUUAUGUGCCAUGCAUACGUUAUCUCAGAAUUGUAAGCGAAUCGCGUCAUUGUUAUUGUUAAUCGUCGACACUUAAAUGAUGUCGUGUGCAUGUGCUAUUCAAUCUCAACACUAUUUAGCUAAUGAUAAAAUAUGUUCAACGAAUUUAAUAAGUUUUUGAUGUAUAUAUUAUUUGUGUGAAUCUAUAAAACU